AUGGACAUUCUUGGAUACGAUCAUGGUCUGCCUGACCUUGAUCUCCCCAAAAACAAUGACAAAGAUGCGCUCGGUCUGAACAACGACACUCAGAUUGACUCGCCGCAACAAUACUCGAGCGACUUCUACUACUCAGCGCCCGUACCUGUGACGAUACCGAACUCUUUGAUGCCUGUUCCUAGUGUCUUGUUGGAGAAUCCCAUGAAUUUGAUCUACUGCCAUUACUUUAUCAACUACACAGCGAACGUCCUGGUAACUCAUCAGUGUCCAUCAAAUCCCUUUUCAACAAUCUUGCCGCAGCUCGCCAUGCAAGAUGACAAUCUCUUGCGACUUCUCUUGGCAUACGCAGCCUGUCACAGAGCUCGACUCCUGCGACAUGCUGAGCCCAAAAAUCGCAUUGCGACGUGGGUCACACCUGUGUUUCCUUCUUUGCGCGAGGCACUCUCAGGCAAUGACCCGAUUACCGACUCAGAAAUCGGAUCUUGUGUAAUGCUGGCCUCUCUUACACAAUCAUAUCCUCUUGCAUUCGAUCUACCAAUUUCAUGGCAGGAGCAUCUCAGCCUGGCGCGACGGCUGUACGGUCUACGAAUCAGUCAAGAAGGACUCCAGAGAACCAGUGCGACCUUUUUCUUUGGCAGAUGGUUUGCUUACUUGGACACUUUUGGAAGCGCGAGCAGCGACACCUAUCAUGGCGCAUAUUACGAAUGGUCACGGGAGCUGAAACUCGCGGAAGAGGUAUCCGAGCUUCAAUGCCUAGCUGGCUUCACCAACAAGUCACUAGUUUUGCUAUCACGGACGGCUGAGCUGGCCAAGCGCUGUGAUUAUGAGCGGAACUUAUAUGGCCAGCCAGCUGUCCAGACAAUCACGAUGUCUCAGCAAUUGAGAAUGAGCCUGGAACUCUUCACGCUGGAAGUCAAGCACACACGUUAUGACUGUGCUUGCUCGCAGUCAUCCACAUCCUCGACGGAAGUCUAUCGUGCAGUCAACGCAGCGAUCACUCAUGCUGCCUUGAUCUAUUUGCACCGCCGCGUAUAUAUGCUUCCCUCCGAGUCUCGCCUGGUGCAAUUCUCCGUCAACGCCAUUCUGGAAGCCUUCAACGAAUUGAAAGGAUACAACGCUUUUGACACUCCAGACAUCAUCUUACCCCUCUUCCUCGCAGGCUGCGAAGCAAGAGAUCCUGGGAAAGCCGUCGACGUAUUGCAGCGCCUGCAGAGCAUUGAAAAUGCUGGUAUGGGACAAGUGGUUCGUGUCAAAGCUUUGCUGCAGGAAUGCUGGGACGGCAACCGAGACUGGACUUUAUUAAAGCACAACGUUCUCCUUGGUUGA